AUGGAUAUCCCUGAUGUUCGCAAACUUCGUGUUGGGAUCGAUCUGAACAGUCUUCCUCUUCCUAACUGCAGCGUUGGUAACUUGAGCCCUCAGGUGAGCCAGCUGCUGCUGGGCAGCUGCCAGUUGCCAGGCCUGCUCUGUGAAGCCUUUUUUCACCUUCCUGAACAGCAGCCGUUGAGUGCUGGUAUCAUUGUCGACUACAUCGACAACUCCUGGUCGUGGAAGGCAUCAGUCAUUACGCAAUUUGGACCUGCGAUCUUAUCUCUGGCGCUCUUCAUUCCGCUCGUGCCCGAGUCGCCAUACUAUCUCAUCAAUAAGGGCCGCCUGGACGAUGCUCGAAAUGCGCUAAACAAGAUUCGGGGCAAGGGGAGCUUUGAUGUUGAUGCCGAGAUCCGGGAAAUCCAAGCAACCCUUGAGCAAGAAAGGCAGCAGAGCUCCCACGUCGUCAUGCAAAUCUUUAUUGGAUACCCCCUAUGUGGCAACUACCUCGCUUAUUUUCUCACGCUCUCUGGUGUCGACGACGCUUUCGUCAUCACCAUAAUAUCGGUUCUGUGUUCCAUGUUCGCCGCCAUUUUCGCCUUUUUCUUGAUUGGACGCGUCGGACGUCGCCCUCAGCUCAUGUUUGGGACGUACGGAAUGUUGGUUUGCCUCUUAGUUGUAAGCCUUCUAGGCUUUUUCGGCCGCGGCGAGAACUGGAACAGCCAAGCCCUGGCCGCCUUCUGCAUAAUUUGGUCUAUUUUCUAUUACAUGUCAGUUGGUGCAGUAGGUUGGACCAUUGUUGGUGAGAUAUCAUCGUCUCGCCUUCGUGCCAAAACCACGUCUUUGGCAGCGAUCUCGGGCUCCAUUUGCAAUAUGGGCUGGUCGAUUGCAAUUCCUUGUUUGGUCAAUACUGAAGAGGCAAAUCUCGGGCCGAAAGCAGGACUCGUCUUCCUCGGAAGCGGCACAGUCCUUGCAGUUGUUGCGUUUUUCUCCGUUCCAGAGACCAAAGGAAGAACAUUCCACGAGCUAGAUAGUCUAUUCCUUGCUCGGGUGCCGGCUCGAAAGUUCGAGUCGGCAUCGCAUCAAGCCUAG